GGACACGGCGGGAGGUGGGGACAGAGGACACUCCUGGGUCAGCGCUGGGAGCCUCCAUGAUGUGGGAACUGCGUUCCAUCGCCUUCAGCAGGGCGGUCUUGGCGGAAUUUUUGGCCACUUUGGUCUUCGUCCUCUUCGGGCUGGGCUCGGCGCUCAACUGGCCAUCAGCACCGGCGCCCAGCACGCUGCAGAUCGCGCUGGCCUUCGGGCUGGCCAUCGGCACGCUGGUGCAGUCCUUGGGCCACGUCAGCGGUGCCCACAUCAACCCCGCCGUGACGCUGGGCUGCCUGCUGGGCUCGCAGCUCUCGCUGCUCCGAGCCCUGUUCUACGUGGCGGCGCAGCUGCUGGGUGGCGUGGUGGGUGCUGCCAUCCUGCACGAGAUCACCCCGGCUGACUCGCGCCAGGGACUGGCCAUCAACAAGAUCCGUUACACCGGCUGCUCCAUGAACCCCGCCAGGUCCUUCGCCCCCGCCGUCGUCGUCGGAGAUUUCACCGACCACUGGGUGUUCUGGGUGGGUCCCCUGAUCGGGGCCGCAGCAGCUUCCAUCCUCUACAACUACGUGCUGUUCCCGCAGAGCAAAACCCUCUCGGAGCGCUUGGCCAUCCUCAAGGGCUGCGAGCCCGAGCAGGACUGGGCCGAGCGCGAGGUCCGGCGGCGCCAGUCCGUGGAGCUGCACUCCCCCCAGACCCUGCCCAGGGGGAUGUCCGAGAAGGUGUAGCCAAACCAUCCCUGGGCCGAGAGAGGAGCUGGACACCUCUGGUGUGGUUCUAGCGCUUGUCCA